AUGUCAAUUACAAAGACUGAUUUGGACGGAAUACUGCCAUUGGUGGCCAGAGGUAAAGUUAGAGACAUAUACGAGGUGGACGCUGGUACGUUGCUGUUUGUCGCUACGGACCGUAUUUCUGCAUACGAUGUUAUCAUGGAAAACAGCAUUCCAGAAAAGGGGAUUUUGCUGACCAAGUUAUCGGAGUUCUGGUUUAAGCUGCUCUCCAACGACGUACGCAACCAUUUGGUGGAUAUCGCUCCAGGAAAGACCAUUUUCGACUACUUGCCUAAACAAUUGAGUGAGCCCAAGUACAAAACCCAACUGGAAGGCCGUUCUUUGUUGGUUCACAAACACAAGCUAAUUCCAUUGGAAGUCAUUGUCAGAGGCUACAUCACCGGAUCUGCUUGGAAGGAAUACGUAAAAACCGGCACCGUGCACAGCUUGAAGCAGCCUCAGGGGCUCAAGGAAUCUCAAGAGUUCCCAGAACCAAUUUUCACUCCUUCGACCAAAGCUGAACAAGGUGAGCAUGACGAAAACAUUUCUCCCGCCCAAGCUGCUGAACUGGUGGGUGAAGAUCUGUCUCACAGGGUGGCAGAGCUGGCCGUAAGACUAUAUUCCAAGUGCAAAGAGUACGCAAAGGAAAAGGGCAUUAUCAUUGCUGACACCAAAUUUGAAUUCGGUAUUGACGAAGAGACCAACGAAAUCAUCCUAGUGGACGAAGUGUUAACCCCAGACUCUUCCAGAUUCUGGAACGGUGCCUCCUACAAGCUAGGCGAAUCCCAAGAUUCUUACGACAAACAAUUUUUAAGAGACUGGCUUACUGCCAAUAAGUUGAACGGUGUUAACGGUGUGGAAAUGCCUCAAGACAUCGUCGACAGAACCAGGGCCAAGUACAUAGAAGCUUACGAGGCAUUGACGGGCUCCAAAUGGGCUCAUUAA